AAUAAUAAUAAUAACAAUAAUAAUAAUAAUAAUAAUAAUAAGUCUGGCAUUGAUGUUACUCUAAUAUCUGCCACCACCAAAGUUCCAAAAGCAGUUUCACCGGUUUCCUCUGCUGCUGAGGGGGAAGCCUUAAGGCGGCCGCGUGGCAGGCCUGCCGGCUCCAAGAACAAGCCGAAGCCACCAAUAAUUGUGACAAGGGACAGUGCUAAUGCACUCAAAGCUCAUGCUAUGGAAGUAAGCUCUGGCUGUGAUGUGAAUGAGAGCUUGUUGAACUUUGCAAGGAGGAAGCAGAGAGGCCUCUGCAUACUAAGUGGAACUGGCUGUGUGACAAAUGUAACUCUGCGCCAACCGGCUUCAUCCGGCGCCAUUGUGACUCUUCACGGCCGAUUCGAGAUCCUCUCAUUGCUGGGGUCAAUCCUUCCCCCACCAGCACCACCAGGAAUCACUGGCCUCACCAUUUACUUGGCUGGUGCUCAGGGGCAAGUUGUAGGAGGUGCUGUUGUUGGUGCCUUGAUUGCUUCAGGACCUGUUGUGAUCAUGGCUGCAUCAUUCAUGCAUGCUACCUUCGAUCGCCUGCCAUUGGAAGAUGAAGAACUCACGGCUGCAAUGCAGAAUCAGCAUUACCAAAACGGACGCACCACGCAUCAUCUCGAUAUCUCAGACUUGUAUGCAAUGCCACAGAACCUUCUCACCAAUGGAACAAUGGCACCAGAGAUAUAUUCUUGGGCACCAGGGAGGAACUUGUCAAAAAGCUGAGA